AUAUAACCUGUAUUUUUCCUUGCACGUUCUCUCUCUCUCUCUCUCAGCCUUGGUUUUAUGUUGUAACUGCUGGUUUUAACUUCCUCUCUCUCUCUCUCUCUCUCUCUCUCUCUGGCCUCUACUCAGAUUCUUACAUGAUGGGUUCCCUCUUUUUCUCAGUUCUUUAAUCAUCUCUUUCAGUUAUAAAUUUAAAUCCACUCUUUUAGAAUUGAAAGCCCCUCAAAAACCCACCAAACCAAGCAAAACAAACUAGCACCCUCUCCUUCUUGUGCAAGCAUUUGAUUGAUGAUGGAGAAAUCUCGUAAUUCAUCUCUGAUCAAAGCUGUUCCUUCUAAGCAAACCACAUACUCUUGCACUGAGGAGGAGAGUGGUUGGACUGCUUACUUUGAAGACUUCUCAAACAAUAACAACAACAGGAGGGAAGGAGAAGCGGCAGCAGAGGAACAAAGUCUCUGCUCAAGUUUUGGCUGCGCUUCUUCUUUGGUUUCUGAUGCUGCUUCUGGUGCUGCAUGGAAAUUAGCUUCCCAAAACAACCAAAACCAACAUACAUGCUCUAAUUCCAUUGGGGGCUCACCCAAUAAUUUUCCCAAGAAAUUAACCUUCAAGAAAACAAGAACCAAGAAGAUUUCUGGUGAUGAUUUAGAGGAUACUGCUAGCUCUCCUGUUAAUAGUCCCAAGAUUGGUGAUCAUUUGAGACCAGUUGGUAUAAAUCCCAGAAAGAUAGAUGAUCAUCAUAUCAAUAUUAAUUCUUUGGGUAAAGAGGGUGAGCAUUUUGCGGAACUGGAGCAGGCAGAUGAUCAUGAAAAGACUAAUGAUUGUUGUGGGAAAACUGACAGCACGGACUUAAAGAAAAGAGGGUUGUGUUUGGUUCCUAUGUCCUUGUUAGCCAACUAUCUUGUUUAAUUUCAAGUUUGUCAAUUAAUGAAAAAUCUCAAUCUCAAUCUCUCUGCUGGUUGUGGCCAAACUUACUGUAUAAAGGAUCCAUCUGUACGUAUGCUGUA